AAUUAAAUUUUGUGUUAUGAUAUGACAUAAAGCGUUCAACGGGAGCAAUAAAUGUAACAAAGGAUGGUAAAAUGAUGCAAUGAGACAACAUGACAGGUCCCAUGAUUUAUUUAGAGAUAUUUCACUGAAGAUAUACAGACAAACAUUGUUAUUGUUAAGUAAAUCAUUAGUAUGAAUAACAAGGAGUGGCGGACAUAAUUAUGUAUGCGGAAGCUCUUUACCAAUACACUGCAAAAUAUGUGUUGAAAUGUUGAUUAAACACAAAUUAGACCAUUGUGCGUCUGUCCGUCCGUGCUGCGCCUCCUCAUAAAUCUACAAUGAAGUCCUUAAUAUUAUUAGUCCUCCUCAUCGCAACAAUCCACGCAUUCACCAUCCCCAACCCCAAAACCCCGAUGAAGACUCAAGCUCUAGAAGACCACAAGAUCAACAAGCGGUUCAUUUCUGCAUUGCUGAUGAGCAUGAUGGACGAUGAUGACUAUUUUGAUGACGAUCUGCCAUCCAUCAUUGGGAGGAGACGACCUUCAAGGAGGCAUCUGCAACUUGCGCAGAUGAUGAGGCAGUUGGCUGGUCCACGAGGAUUGACGAGAGCACAGAUGGAGAAUAUGCAGCAGAACCUUCAGAAUCUGCAGCUGUUGCAGAACAUGCAGCAGAUGAUGCAGUUACAGAAUCAGCUGGGGCAGAACACGCAGGGGCAAAAUUCGCAGGGACAAAACUCGCAGGGGUAAAACCAGGGACAGAACUUGUAUGGGCAAAAUUUGUAGUACAAUUCGACCAACGACGUUAUAAUGUGAUUGAUGGAUAUAUAAAAGACGUAAAAGUGUUCUGAAUAAUUCAAAGAAAGUACUUUCUAUUCACAAAACAUACACACUUUAAAAACACAUCCUGAUAUAAUGCCUACAGGGGCCCACAGUGUCAUAACGAACAAAGUGUGAUAAAUUCAAUAUUGUAGGCGAGCUAAACCUCUUAAAUGCUAAUAGUAUAUCCAUGGCCACAGCUGCUCAUCUAGGAUAUUUAGUGCAGCCUAUAUUUUUUUCAUUUCCCGUCUUUUCACUGGUGUCGUCGUGUCGUGUAAACAAUUUCCCUUUAAGAUCUUCUAGAUGGGCUACACUUUUACACCAAUAUGUGGUCUAAGAAUAUGGACAUAUUGCUCUUAUUUAGGUAUUUUACUCGUAUAUAUAGCGCUAUGCUUAGUUGCUAGAUACAUAAUGCCCAAAAAAAUUAGUCCCGCUAGAAGUACUUUAAACAAAUUGUACUUAAAUUAUACGUAUUAUGUUUUUAAUACGUAUUUUAUUUCUAAUUAACUUACGAAACGACCUGCUCAAUGCGAAUAAAAUAAUUUAAUUUUAAUUCUGACUUCUGACUGAUACUUGGUAAGGUUGUAUUUAAGGUUAAGUAUUAUUUCAAGGUUUUAUUGUUUACCUGUUUAAGCAC